AUUGUAAAGUGCUUUUGAGCAAAAAAGCGCCCCCUGAUUCCCGUUCACUCGAUGUAACUCAGUGAUCAGAACUGAGAUGAAACAGGAUUUAAACACGUUGAUAGUUUAAAGACACAAAACAUGAAUAACGUGAAACAUGAAAGGAAGCGUGGGAGUCCAUUAAUGGCCCAGUUAAUCAGAAUUAAAGUAAACAUAUUUUUAUUCCUGCACCUUUAAUGAAAUUCAAGGCUAAAUAUAACCCUGGUCUGCUCAAAGCAAUCUACACGUUAUUUGUCCGUCAAUUAGUACACUAGGUAAACUGACCCUUUACAGGAUUACAGUAAAAAUAAAACGUCAUUAUUAUUUAAUUCAAUGACCUCACGUGUCACUAUCAAACCUCUAUGAUAUAAGUUGAUUAAAAUGAUGCUGUAUGCAUUUAUUUUUAGUUUUCAUCCAAGUAUGACUCUGUCACUGAAUUGACGCGUCGUUUCCAAUCAUUAUUUACUCACCGGCCAGUCCAGUGGGACCAGCUGACUGCUGCUACGACCAUUACGCGGAGCUGUGUGCUCCAACGUGGAAACGUGGAUUAAACGGAAAGGAAAGCGCGUAUUUUGUUUUUCCAUCACUUACAGUCAAACCUUCCCCAUCCAUCCGGGCCGGUGGGUGUUCACUACAUUAGACAGUCCCGCCCCUCCUCUCACAGAGGCGCGCUUCGACCUCCGGGGAGCCAGAGGAGGGAUGAGCCCUUAGAAAAAAUGCGCCCACUGAAUCCUAGUUACCGUUUAUAAACCCCUAAAUCCAGACAAAUAACAGAUAAAGGAACACAGCUGCGUGCUUCGCGAUGGAGAGACUGAACUUUACGCACGGACCUGCCUCCACGAACGGGACGCCCAUGCAGCCUUCACAUGCGAACGAUUUCGCUUUACCGAUGUUCAUGUUUGCCGGAGGCGCCAUUGGGAAUUUAAUUGCCAUAUUCGUUCUCUCGGUAUCAAUACGGGAGAGGAAAUCUUCAGCUUUCUACACGCUGGUGUGCGGUCUGGCGGUGACGGAUCUCCUCGGCACCUGCCUGGCCAGCCCGCUCACCAUCGCCAACUACCUGAACCCGAACGUGCUCAAGAUCCCGCGCGUGUGCGAGUUUCACUCCUUCCUGCUGCUGUUUUUCGGUUUAACGGGACUGAGCAUCAUAUGCGCCAUGGCGGCCGAGCGGUACCUGGCCAUAUGCUGCCCGUACACCUACCAGCGGUGGCGGGUGGACCCGCGGUUCGCGCUGAAGUUCCUCUUCUCCAUCUACGUCAGCCACACCGUCUUCUGCUGCCUGCCGGCGAUGGGCGCGUCGGCCAGCGAGCUGCAACUGUCCGGCACGUGGUGCUUCAUCAACUGGAGGACACCGGAGCCCGUGGCCGCCGCGUACUGCGUCCUGUACGGCGUCGUCAGCCUGCUGCUCAUCCUGGGCACCAUCGCGCUGAACCUGGCGGUGUGCUCGGCGCUGCUGCUGAUGCGGCGGAGUAGCGCGCGGCUGCCCGCCACCGGGGGCAGCGUGAGGCGCAGGUGGACGGCGCUGUCCUCCACGGCGGAGGCGCAGAUGAUCGCGGUACUGGUGACGACCUCCGUGGUGGUUCUGGCCUGCUCGGCCCCGUUGGUGAUCCGUGUGUUUCACAACUGUUUCAUUCUGGAACAAGACCCCAAAGCUGACCUGGCUUCCAUCCGGAUAGCCUCUGUGAACCCCAUCCUGGACCCCUGGAUCUACAUCCUCCUCAGGAGGUCUCUGUUCCAGCGGAUAUUGAGUCUAACCAGGCGAGGAAGGAGGACACGCGGUGGCUCCUCUCCUAAAACACCAAGGAACCCGUUUCAUCCCGAACUCACGGGGGAGAGUCCCGUUUUGACCCAGCUGAUAGGCAACGCAAACAUCACCGCUCUGCUGCCUUCUGCCGUCAAGUCCCCCACGCACAAUGCAGACAGCCUCUGCCAGACUCCGACAGACUGAGGACGUGGUCUACGUAGGUCUGGCGCUCUCUCGUGCUGCGAGCAGCUCGAUGCAUUGGCCCUCACAGCUGUUGUCAGAGGGACGGAAAGACGGACGUCUCUGCCGACACACAAUCUGGACGGGACCCUCUGGGUUACUGAAAGUUUAUUCACCAACUAAAAUUCGCUCAUCUGCGUUUUCACAGACGUCUCCUGCAGUAACGCAGGACAGAAUGAACAGUGGGACUGUGAUGUUAUUAGUGAAGGGCGAUGAUAAGACGGGUUGCAGCCUUUAUUUUGUUCCUUUCACUGUCUUCGAGCUUCGCCUCGCGCGAUCAGGGCUCAGAUCAGCUUUACAUAAGCGAAGGUACAGCUCGUUUCAUCGGGAGGUGCAAUAAUUGACAAGAUACUAGCGUGAGACUUGGUGUCUUUUGUCUCCAUCUCGUGUCUGCUGUGAUCAGAUGGUGCUGAUCACCUUUGAACCCUCUUCUUACAUUUCACAUUAACAUAAACUUACGGUGAUCCUGACAUUCAACUGCCUACCAAAUGCGCUCCGCAGCUUUUAAGGUCAUAUUAUGUUUCUGUUGAGGAAUUUAACUCCAUGUAAACUGGAUGGACACUCAAUGCGUCACAGACUAUUCUUUGUGGUCUCCUAGACCUUUACCGCAUUGGUGCUGACGCUAGGAUGCACCUGUACUGCAGCAUCAUGACAGGUAUGAUGGGGCUUCAUCGGCAGGACUUUCUUUUCAGAAUGUUGUUAAAAAUGUCUCCCGGGAGCCUUCUGCAGAGUUGCUGACAUUGAUACUGCAUGAAAUUAUUUUAACGGUUAAUUAAUACUUUCCAGCUACAGACAGUUGCCUCCACAAAUUCAUCCUACAUUCUUGGUCACUUAAGUGAUAUUCAGAUGUUUUAAUUUGAAUUAACUGGGUUGAACUGGUAUAUAAUGACUUUGGUUCCUUGGUGCAGACAGAGGACAGUAGACGGUUUCUUUAACCGGAAACCUUAAAAAAGGACCCCAAUUAACACCUGCUAUCAUAAAUUGAACUGAAUUGAAAUUGAACGUGACACAGCAAUAUGUAAAAUUAUCAUUCAAGUUUAGCUGGUAAAUAAUUCUGUAUUCCUGCUGCAUUAAUACAAGCAUUCAUUAAUAAAGAUAUUCACUUUGUUCAGUA